AUGGUUUAUGAUGCUGUUGAUCCGGAGUUUCGAAUGCAUCCUGAUCAACAAACCGAUGAAGCUCCAAAUAAAGAUGCUCAAGAUUUUUAUGAUUUACUAAACGCAGCCCAAAAGCCACUGUGGUCGGGAUGUAAACACACAGAACUAUCCUUUGCAGUUAGAAUGACGACAAUUAAAUCAGAGGGAAACAUUUCUCAACGAUCUUUCAAUGAGACUGUGUCGCUCAUCAAGGAGUUACCUCCUGAAGAUAAUGGUUGUAUGUUGUUCUACACUGGUGAUGAUAUGCAAUUAAAGGCAUGCAAGUUUUGUGGUAGACCUCGUUAUCAUCUGAAAAAGGUUGGUAGGGAUAAAUACAAGGAAGUUCCUAUGAAGCGAAUGCAUUAUUUACCCCUUAUUCCUAGACUUAAGAGAUUAUAUGCCUCAAUGAGUUCUGCACCACACAUGAGGUGGGAUCAUGAAAAUAGGCGACAACCAGGAGUGUUAUGUCAUCCAUCAGAUGGAGAAGCAUGGAAAGAAUUUGAUCGAAAAAAUAUUGAUUUUGCAAAAGAACCUAGAAAUGUGUGGUUGGGGUUAUGUUCUGAUGGUUUCUUGCCAUUUGGUAAUGCAGCAAAACCUUAUUCUUGUUGGCCGGUAAUUGUUACUCCUUAUAAUCUUCCUCCUGAACUAUGCAUGACAACUCCCUACAUGUUUUUGACAUUGAUUAUUCCUGGGCCCAAUAAUCCAAAAGAAAAAAUUGAUGUGUAUUUGCAGCCACUGAUAGAUGAGUUGAAAUUGUUAUGGAAUGAAGGUGUGCUGACAUAUGACAUAUCAAAGAAGCAAAAUUUUAUGAUGAAAGCAGCAUUAUUGUGGACUAUUAAUGAUUUUCCUGCAUAUGGUAUGCUAUCGGGUUGGAGCACUGCGGGAAAAUUAGCAUGUCCAUAUUGCAUGAAUCAAUCAAAGGCUUUCUGGCUGAAACAUGGUGUUAAAUGUUCUUGGUUUGAUUUCCACCGUCAGUUCUUGCCCAUGGAUCAUGCAUACAGAAGAAACAAGGAUGCAUUUUACAAGAAUCGAGUCGUGACGUCUAUUGCUCCACGAAGAUUAACAGGGGAUCAAAUGUGGGAAGAAGUUUCUAAUGUACCAAAAGUAACUGAGACUCAACCUUGUGUUUGUCCUGGAUAUGGUGUAUCUCAUAAUUGGAUAAAACAAAGCAUCUUUUGGGAGUUACCAUAUUGGAAGUCCAACUUAAUAAGGCAUAAUCUGGACAUGAUGCAUAUUGAGAAAAAUGUAUUUGAAAAUGUCUUUAAUACGGUGAUGGACAUCAAGGGCAAGACCAAAGAUAAUGUUAAAGCAAAAAUGGAUUUGAAAGAGUAUUGUAGGCAAAGGGAACUAGAAUUAGUAGAGAACCCUGGUGGAAAACCUUUAAAGCCUAAAGCAAAAUUCGUUUUGUCCAAUGAGCAGCAAAUGGCAGUUUGUAAAUGGGUUAGUGAGCUGAAAAUGCCCGACGGAUAUGCCUCAAAUUUGAGUAGAUGUGUAAACAUAAGGAAAGGGAAUUUCAUUGGAAUGAAAAGUCAUGAUUGUCACAUCUUUAUGGAGCGUUUGUUGCCAAUUGCUUUUAGUGCACUACCACUUCAAGUGUGGAAGCCUAUAGCUGAGUUGAGUAAAUACUUUAAGGAUUUGUGCUCAAGUACAUUGAAAUUGAGUGACUUGUUGUUGAUGGAACAAAAUAUCAUCAUUACAACAUGUAAGUUGGAACGAAUCUUUCCACCUGGUUUCUUUAAUUCAAUGGAGCAUUUGCAUAUUCAUCUAGCUUAUGAAGCAAUAACAAGAGGUCCCAUUCAAUAUCGAUGGAUGUAUCCUUUCGAGAGGUACUUGGGGAGGUUGAAACGAAUGGUUAAAAACAAAUCACGGGUAGAAGGGUCUAUUUGUGAAGCAUAUCUAUGUCAAGAAACUUCUCAUUUUUGUUCAUACUACUUUGAGUCUCAUGUCCAAUCAGCGAGAAAUAGAGUUGGUCGAAAUGACGCUGGAAGUCAUGAUGAUGUAGAUCCACAAAAUUUAUCAAUCUUCAGUCAUCCUGGUCGAACAGCUGGAACUUCAAGGAGUCGAUAUUUAACUGAUAUGGAAUCAGCUGUUGCCCAUUUGCAUAUCCUACUUAAUUGUGACGAAGUUAAACCAUUCAUUGAACGCUUUGAGCAACAUUUGGAGGCAUCCUUUCCUAAUAUCUCUCGAGCUGAUAUUGAUGGUAGGAUUGCAUCUGAGUUUCCAACUUGGUUUCGAUCUUAUGUUCAUGAUAGAAAUAACAUGGUAGACGAUCAAUUAUUGCAUCACUUAGCAUGGGGUCCAAACAGAAAGGUGGAGACUUGGCCUAUUUACUUUGUCAAUGGCUUUAAGUUUCAUACAAAAGAGUGGAGUGUCAACAAGAAAACCAUCAAUUCUAGAGUUUGUGUUGAAGGAGAUGAUGAAUAG